CUUGGCCGGCGGGGACCUCGGAGCGCUCGGACCGCGACCCCGACUUUGACAGCGACUGUCAGCGCCGCCCGGCCGCGCCGCCCGGCCGGAUCGGCUCCAGAGCGAGCGGCGGCGACUGCGGACAGCGAGGAGGAGGAGGAGGAGGAGCGGCCGGCCACGGCCAUCCUGGCCACCCCGGCCACCCCGGGCCUGCCCUCUGCAGCCCCGCCGCCCGGCGCGAUGUUCCCCCGGGACGCGUCGUGGAACAUCUCGUUCGCGGGCUGCGGCUUCCUGGGCGUCUACCACAUCGGCGUGGCGUCCUGCCUGCAGGAGCACGCGCCCUUCCUGGUGGCCAACGCCACCCACAUCUACGGCGCCUCGGCGGGCGCGCUCACGGCCACCGCGCUGGUCACCGGCGCCUGCCUGGGCGAGGCUGGGGCCAACAUCAUCGAGGUGUCCAAGGAGGCCCGGAAGCGGUUCCUGGGCCCUCUGCACCCCUCCUUCAACCUGGUGAAGACCAUCCGCGCCUGCUUGCAGAAGACGCUGCCGGCCGACAGCCAUGAACGCGCCAACGGCCGCCUGGGCAUCUCCCUGACCCGCGUGUCGGACGGCGAGAACGUCAUCAUUUCCCACUACGGCUCCAAGGACGAGCUCAUCCAGGCCAACGUCUGUAGCACCUUCAUCCCCGUCUACUGUGGCCUCAUUCCACCCUCACUCCAGGGUGUGCGCUAUGUGGACGGCGGCAUCUCAGACAACCUGCCGCUCUAUGAGCUCCGGAACACCAUCACCGUGUCGCCCUUCUCGGGCGAGAGCGACAUCUGCCCGCAGGACAGUUCCAGCAACAUCCACGAGCUGCGAGUCACCAACACCAGCAUCCAGUUCAACCUGCGCAACCUCUACCGCCUGUCCAAGGCGCUGUUCCCACCCGAGCCCCUGGUUCUCCGUGAGAUGUGCAAACAGGGGUACCGCGAUGGCCUGCGCUUCCUGCGGCGGAACGGCCUCCUGAACAGACCCAACCCCUUGCUGGCUCUGGCUGCCGCCCGGCCCCCUGUCCCAGAGGACGAGGAGGAGGAGGAGGUGGAGGCCUCCCUGGAGAGAGCCCGAAUGCAGGGCCCCCUGCGCCCGCCCCGGGAGGACCACCUCAUCCUGGAGCGCCUGCCCACGAGACUCAAUGAGGCCCUGCUGGAAGCCUGCGUGGAGCCCAAGGACCUGCUGACCACACUCUCCAACAUGCUGCCUGUGCGCUUGGCCACGGCCAUGAUGGUGCCCUACACACUGCCUCUGGAGAGCGCCCUGUCCUUCACCAUUCGCUUGCUCGAGUGGCUGCCCGACGUCCCCGAGGACAUCCGGUGGAUGAAGGAGCAGACGGGCAGUAUCUGCCAGUACCUGGUGAUGCGUGCCAAGCGGAAGCUGGGCAACCACCUGCCCUCGAGGCUGGCUGAGCAGGUGGAGCUUCGCCGCGUGCAGUCCCUGCCUUCUGUGCCCCUGUCCUGCGCCACCUACAGCGAUGCGCUGCCAGCCUGGGUGCGGAAUAGCCUCCUGCUGGGCGAUGCACUGGCCAAGUGGGAGGAGUGCCAGCGGCAGCUGAUGUUCAGCCUCUUCUGCACCAACGUGGCCUUCCCGCCCGACGCCCUGCGCAUGCCAACGCCCCCCAGCACCCCGCAGCACCCCCCGGGCCUGCCCCCGUGCUGAGCGCCCCGGGGUUCCCCCCUGGCCCCACACCUCCCUGCCCCCAUGACCGCCGCGAGGGGCCCCGGGCCGGCUGUAGGAGGACUGUGCUCCCCAUUGCCAGCCUCUCCCCUCUCCACUAGGAGCCUGGCAUCUUGCCCAGUGCCCUGCCCACAUCGGAAGGGAGGGUGCCCCCUUUCCCCUCACCAGUGCCUUCGGAACUGGAUGCCAGGGGGAUGUCCCUGCCACCCCUUCCGCCCCUGCGUGCGGUAUUAUUAACUCGGGGACCCCCUUGCCGUGCCUGAUUCCUUCACCCUUUUUUUGCUGAAGGACUUUAUUUAUUUUUGCCCAAGCAGAUGUAAUAAAUGUACCAGCACACA